AUGAAUCUUGCUAUUAGAUGUAGAGUUCCUGGUAAUUUAAACUUUGUGGAUGUUGAUUCUGACAGUCGUCUCUUCGAAGUCUUGAACUUGCAUGGUUUUGACAAUUUUAUCAAUUUUUUUGUGUCUGACUCUGAUUUCAAUGCUGGAGCUCCUAUGAAUUUGCAUGAGAACAAAGAAGUGGAACCUGAUCUGCAUGUCAAUAUUGACGGUUUAGCUUUUGGCAAGUCUCAGUUAGGGUUUAGGGACAAUGUGGGUAGUGACAUUGAUAUGUCUUUGUAUAUGAGUUCGGGUGAUUUGAAAUUGUCUAGGGGAUCUGAACUUGUGGAAAAAGACAGUUUCUUUGCUAAUAAUGUAGUUAUACCUGGACAGUUGCGUGAAAAUGUUGGUAUGGCUUCUGGAAAUGUUGUUGGGAAUCAGAGUAUUGUCUUUCAUGAUGUGAAUGACUUAUGUAAGACUGUGAACACUUUUCUAGAUGCUUCUAUGACAAAAGGAAAGAAAAAACGUAAAAGAAAGCUAAAUCAAACCAAAAAACCAUGUACGAUGAGGAGAAGUUCUAGAAUCUUCAAUAGUGGAGAAGCUUCAAAAGCUUAUACAGAAGUUGAGUUCAAAAGGGCAAUGACCAAUAUUCAAAGCAUAAAUCCAGCGGCUUAUAAAUGGCUUGACGAUAUUGGUAACAUCGUUUGGGCUAGACAUGCUUUUUCUGAAACUUUGAAUUGUGAUCAUGUAACCAACAAUAUCUCUGAGUCAUUUAACAGUUGGUUAGGGGACUUGAGGGAGAUGCCCAUUCUCACAAUGGUUAACACAUACAGGGGGAGAGUGAUGACAAAGAUCAAUAAAAGAUAUGCGAAAGCAUGUACAUGGACAAAUGAAGUGACCGUGCACGUUAUAGAAGAGAUGAAGACUGCUGCACAAGAAUGUAGGAAUAUGAAAUACUGGUUAGCAAGUGGCACCACUUAUGAAGUUAAGGAUGAUAAUAAGUCUUAUGUGGACUACUGUGAUCAAAGUCUUUCAAAAGAUCAGUAUAUAAGGGCUUAUAGUCAUUUGAUCAAUCCAAUUCCGGACAUUGAUUUCUGGCCAGAAAUACAAGUUCAAGAAUGCCUUCCUCCAGUGCUUAGAAGAAGAGUUGGGAGGCCUAAGAAAGCUAGGAAAAGAGGAAAAGAUGAAUUGAAGCGAUCCAGUACUAUCAAAUGUAGUAGAUGUAAAGGAUUUGGGCACAAUAAAAGAUCAUGUGCCGGAGGACCUGUUAGGGCAAGAAAUGCCCGGAGGGGAGAUUUAAGCCAGAUGGUAGGUUAUGAUAUAGUUAAUCAACAAGGAAAUCAUCAGGGUGUUCAUCAUAGGGAAAGUCAAACCAGGCAACAAGGAAGUCAACAUGAUGGAAAUCAAAUGUUGACUGAUAUGCCCAAUCAGUCAAGAUGUUUGGAUAGUGCAAAUCAGCCUGAAAUGAAUAGCAUUGUUUUCCUGAGUGGACAUGAUCAACCUGGAGGCAAGUUGUUGCAUAAAUUAUUGGCUGUGACAAAAGGAAGUAGUAGCCUCGAGAAAUUAUUUGGAAGUUCUAGAGCAACAUCUUUGCUUGGAGGUGAGCUUGCUGGGAGGUUUGUGACUGGACAACAAUCCAACAUCUCUAAACUGAGAAAUGUUGAUGCUUAUAAGUCACCAAAUGACAAUGUUUCAUCAUCAAAGCCGCCUUCUGCAAUUCCAAAACAACCAGUUGUCAAGGUGUCUUCUUCUCAGCCUACUGGUUCAAUUAAAAAGCAAGCAGCUGCCAUGGUGUCAUCUUCCCAGCCUGUCAAUUCAUCUACAAAGCAACCUGUUGCCAACGUUUCCUUAUCUCAACCUUAA